UAAAAAAAUAGAGGAACAAAUUUCAAAUUUGUCUGUGUUCACUGUCAAAUUCCACGACAGGAAUAUUAAUGUAAAAUACCACUUUAAAUUAACGAUGAUAGAAGGGAAAACAUUUAGUGCAAUUACUGAAACAUCAGGUUAGACCUGUUCAAUUUGCAAGGCAACACCGCGAAUUAUGAACAAUAUAAAUAUAUUGAAAACAUUGCCCAUAAACAUUGACUUUUACCAAUAUGGCAUAUCAAAUUUACAUGCGUGGAUAAGAUGUAUGGAGUGUAUUUUGCAUAUUUCGUAUCGCUUGGAGAUCAAAAAGUGGCGAAUACGAAAUACCGAUAAAGUACACUAUGAAGAAAGGAAGAAAAUAAUUCAAAAAAAAUUAAAAGAGGAGUUACAUAUAUUAGUUGACAUCCCGAAGCCAGGUUCCGGUACCACGAAUACCGGAAAUAUGGCCAGAAUAUUUUUCCAAAAUUAUAUUACAACGGCAAAUAUUACAGGUGUAAACGCAGACCUCAUCAAAAGAAUUGGGGUCAUCUUAGUGGCUUUAUCGAGCUAUAAGCAAAUUGACUCCGUUUUAUUUCAACAAUAUGCAAUGGCAACGUUUAAUUUGUAUCUAUCAGAAUACAAUUGGUUUUAUAUGCCAUCGAGCUUGCAUAAAAUACUACUGCAUGGUGCAGACAUAAUGCAAAGUGCAGGAUUGCCCAUUGGGAUGUUUUCGGAAGAAGCUAUAGAGGCACGAAAUAAAGAUUUCCGAAAUAUCAGGAGGGACCACACCCGAAAAUUUUCACGACUGGAAACAUUAACGGACCUUUUCCAAACCUUACUAUAUACAUCCGAUAUUUUAAUAUCUUCCAUUUCGCCAGACAAUAGAAAAAUUUGUAAAACGCGUUCCCGUUUUAAUAUUUUCGAAGAUGAGAUACAAAAGUUAAUGCUACCAGAAGACCUGCAAGACGAUGACGACGAUGAUACAUAACUAAUAACAAAUAAAUUUUAGAUUAACAAAUUAUUGUACAAACUUAGUAAAAAAUGUAUCUAUUUGUAUUUGUUCGGCCGCGAACCGAAACCUUUGCCGCGGUUAAACGAUUUAUUGCAGGGCCCAAGCGGUUCGGCGCGUAAGCCAUCAUCAAUAGUUUUUACUUCGGAAUACGGGUCACCGGGGACCUUAUUGUCUAUCACAUCCGGCCCGAACGAAUCUUACCGUAGACAUGUACGUAUCAUAAACCAGCUACAGCUGUACCUCUCGUUUAAACAGUUUUUGACAAACAAAGGCAUAGAAUUUUUCCUGACCGUUACUUUCGGAAACGCGAGGAUGUUCAGGCGAUUUCUUUUAUAAAAAAUAGUCAGUCGAACGUUG